GCGCUGCCGCCUCGGAGUAAAUGCACAAGCAGCUGCCUCUCCCUCCUCUACUCGCUCCUUACUUGCAGGGUUCGUCUCUCCCAAUCUCCACUCCCACAGCAGACUCCGUGUCAGCACCGGGAGAAGUAGCGAGUCCGAGCAAACAAGUUCACUGUAAAUCGCAGCAGCUGCCUUAUUGGGAACAUGUAGAGGCGGCUGGUGACAGGGCGCAAGUAGCUUGUGCUCCACCUACUAUUGACUCCAGCUCCUGAUACUGCUGGAUGUACAAAUGGCACUUGUUAUGUGAGUGCCCUGAGCAAGGGAAUGUCUGUGCUGAGCUGAAGGAUCUCAUGGGAUGUGGCGCUGACUCACAGAUGUCAGUUCACCACAGAGCAAACCCGAGCACCCGAUUUACUUUCCUGUAGCUCAAGUAGACAGCUCCUUGCCUUGGAAACGGGACAGCGACCCCUGCGCACCCAGGGAGAGACUUGUCAGACAAAGUGUGACUCCGCCGCUGGCUAAAAAAGGAAAGCGAUGGAGCCGCCACUAGCGAGAAGCAGUGCCAGGCAAGUGCCGGAAUAGAAGAGAGACGCACGUGUGACUUGUGAGAAGAAAUCACACAGGAAACAAGUCCAGUUCGCGCAUUAGGCAGGAACAUCUGACUCUCCCCUUCUGAGAAAGGAACAUUUGUCCCUCAUGCCACCGGCUCGUGCUGCUCAUUAUUGUACACUUACUGUGCCCCCGACUCCAUCCCCUUAAUCCCGUGCGCCCUAAUCCACAUCGGAAAGCACUCUGCCCGUGUAUGCCCCCAGCACAGCCUUCUCUGGGGAUGCCAUGCCCCGCAAGCACGGGGUCGGAGCCGGAGACGAGGGAGGCUCUGGGCUCUGGAUGAAGAGCGGCGCCGGAGGGAGAGGCAGAGAGCGAUACUACGGUAUGAAGGAUGUGGAGUCGGGUCGGGGGAGCAGGGUGCUGCUUAACUCCAACCGCGGGGACGGAUUGCUAUUGCUGGGCACCGCCGGGGAUCAUGCCGCCCGAGUUGCAGGAGCUGGAGGUGUCUUGCACGAAAGCCGAAGGGGGAAGCAGGGCGCCCGCAUGAGUCUUCUGGGGAAGCCGCUCUCUUAUAACAGCAGCCAGAGCUGCCGGAGGAACGUCAAGUACCGGAAACUGCAAAACUAUCUGUACAACGUGCUGGAGAGACCCCGAGCCUGGGGAUUCGUCUACCACGUCUUCGUUUUUCUCCUAGUCUUCAGCUGCCUGAUAUUGUCAGUGUUUUCCACAAUCCCUGAACAUCAAGACCACGCUUCAUAUUGCCUCUUUGUUUUGGAAUUCGUCAUGAUUGUCGUAUUUGGGUUAGAAUAUAUUAUUCGCAUAUGGUCUGCUGGUUGUUGCUGUCGAUAUCGAGGAUGGCAAGGAAGACUGAGGUUUGCGAGGAAGCCAUUUUGUGUAAUAGAUAUCAUUGUCCUCAUUGCAUCAGUGGCAGUUGUUUCUGCUGGAACUCAGGGUAAUAUUUUUGCAACAUCUGCACUUCGAAGUCUUCGAUUCCUGCAGAUCCUUCGUAUGGUGCGCAUGGAUCGAAGAGGGGGGACAUGGAAAUUACUAGGCUCUGUUGUUUAUGCACACAGCAAGGAACUCAUCACAGCCUGGUAUAUAGGAUUUUUAGUUCUAAUCUUUUCAUCUUUCCUUGUGUACCUGGUGGAGAAAGAAGCAAACUCACAAUUUCAAACAUACGCAGAUGCUUUAUGGUGGGGUACGAUCACGUUGACAACCAUUGGCUACGGAGACAAAACCCCACAGUCAUGGCUUGGAAGGCUUCUUUCAGCAGGAUUUGCUCUGCUUGGAAUUUCUUUUUUUGCAUUACCUGCAGGCAUUCUAGGCUCGGGAUUUGCUUUGAAGGUCCAAGAACAACACCGGCAAAAGCAUUUUGAGAAAAGAAGAAAUCCUGCAGCCAGUUUAAUUCAGUGUGUAUGGCGUAGUUAUGCGGCUGAUGAGAAAUCGGUUUCCAUUGCUACCUGGAAGCCUCAUUUGAAGGCCUUGCAUACCUGCAGCCCUACAAAGAAAGAACAAGGAGAGGCAUCUGGCAGCCAGAAGUUAAGUUUUAAAGAGCGUGUCCGCAUGGCAAGCCCGAGAGGGCAAAGUAUAAAGGGUAGACAAGCAUCGAUUGGAGAUCGGCGAUCACCGAGUGCAGAUGUUGCUACUGACGGGAGUCCAACCAAAGUGCAAAAGAGUUGGAGCUUUAAUGAUAGGACACGGUUUCGACCCUCCCUCAGACUGAAGAGUUCGCAGCCAAAACCAGUUACUGAUCCGGAUGUCAGCCUUGGGGCAGAUGAAGUUCAUGAUGAGAAAGGAUGUCACUGUGAUGUAUCAGUUGAAGAUCUAACCCCAGCUCUAAAGACUGUCAUACGAGCAGUCAGGAUCAUGAAAUUCCAUGUAGCAAAGAGAAAAUUUAAGGAAACCUUACGCCCUUAUGAUGUGAAAGAUGUCAUUGAGCAGUAUUCCGCUGGACACCUUGAUAUGCUGUGCCGAAUAAAGAGCCUUCAAACACGAGUUGACCAAAUUCUUGGAAAGGGCCAGAUAUCUACAGAUAAGAAGAGCCGUGAGAAAACCCCAUCAGAGAUUGAAGCAGGUGACGAUCUCAGUAUGUUGGGUCGAGUAGUGAAAGUAGAGAAACAGGUACAGUCCAUUGAGUCAAAGCUAGACAGCCUACUUGAUAUUUACCAACAGGUCUUAAAGAAAGGAUCUGCCUCAGCCCUGACCUUGGCAUCACUUCAUAUGCCACUUUUUGAAUGUGAACAAACUUCAGACUAUCAAAGUCCAAUAGAUGGUAAAGAUAUGUCAAACUCUGCACAAAAUAGCGGAUCAAUCACAAGAUCAGCUAGUGCCAACAUCCCACGUGGAUUGAAUUUUGUACUGACACCAAAUGAAUUUAAUAGUCCUUACUAUACAUUUAGUCCUGCCAUGCACACACCACAAGCAUCAUCCAAUCCAAGUGAUGGACCUGCAAGUACAGCAAACAGUAUAUCAAACCAAAUAACCCAGGCCUCAAAGCCAGCAACACCAACAACGUUACAAUUGCCACCUGCUCCAACCUUAAGGCCUAUCAGCAAACCUGAACCAACUCCCAUUAUUCCAAUGACCACAAAAGAAGACAGUUGUGAUGUCACCUCCUGCCUUGUUGCCUCAAAAGAAAACGUACAGCAUGCACAAACCAGUUUAACUAGACAUUUUGUAAGGAGGAAAAGCCUUGAAGCAGAGAGUGGCCAAUUGCCCUCCAAUCCGUUCACAAACAAGGAUUUUAGCAAAUCAUUUUCUGUACAAAAUUUAAUUCAAUCAACAGAAGAGCUAAAUGCUCAGCUUUCAUGUAGUGACUCCAGUGUCUCUAGAGGGAGCCAAGAAAUGUACCCGGAAUGGAAGGAGUCCAAACUGUUUAUAGAAGAUGAAGAGGUAGAAACAGAGACGUUUGAUGCUGCCUCUCAGUCUACUGUAGAGACUUCUCUGUUAUCUGAUUCUUUGAGGACUGGAAUUUCAAGAUCAUCUCAAAGCAUUUGCAAAAUUAGGGAUGGUACAGAAACACUUAGCCCUCCAAAUGUUAAACACAAAUAAACCCUGGGUUUUUAUAGGCUUUAAAAAUUCCAUUAGUCAUACAUACCAUUGCAUGAACUCUUUAGAAAGAUCUUAAGAUUAGCUGUGCAAGGAUCAGGAAGAAACUGAACGGCAGUUCUAUGAGCCCUACCUUCUAGUUGCAUGAAAAUGCAUGCUUCAGUGAUGGCUACCCAGAUUUACAAAUUUACACCUGAACCACCCAUCAGUGCAGUUGGUGGUUUAAAGGCCAACUAACCUACUGCUGAUACUGAUACUGAAAAAGUACCCAAGUAAAAUGGGAAACUUAGAGAUUUUUGCUCUUUCAUGGUACCCAAAUUGAAAGUCGAUUCUAGAGCACUUUGAAAUUGUCCAAAAGUUGAUGUUUACAACAAAAAUGUUACAGCUGCUAGUAAAGCGCAAUGAAAAGAAGUAACAUUGGGGUUGAACAGCUGCUAGAUGCAACAGGUGUACACACUGACUCAUUUCAGCCUGUUAUUUUAAUGCUAACAUGAAAUGAAUGUCAAUUUUCUGUAUAUUUUUGGUGACUUAGUGCUGUGGCAAAAAUGGUGCAUCACUUUGAGGUUGAUGGCCCAAGUUCUACAGUAGAAGCAAUUUUUAUUAUUAUUAUUAUUUUUUUGCUAUAAACUUUUAUUCCAUAUCAAAAAUUGUCACUGCAGUCUUAAUCUUACGUUAUGUAUCUGCAAAUCACUUGAACUGUUUCCUAUGAUAUAAGUUCUGCCUCCUCAUUUAUUCUGAAGAAGCAAACUUGGUUGUUAAUUUAUAACGUUAGGAUGUUAAUUUACUUACAUAACGUAUCUUACAUAGUACAACCAUGUCUACGGGGAUGAGGAUGUAAAAAGUAUAAGGGGGCAGCAGGCUAUAUGUAUACAGUGUAUAUGUAUGUAUAUAAAUAAAGAAAUAUAUUUAUAUAUGGAUAUUUAUAUACACACAAAUACUGCAUAUCAGUUCUGUCUAGUUCCAGGCUUAAUAACCAGUGAGGAUAUAAGUGUUCAUACCUGGCUACAUUUGAUUUAAUUUGUGACAGAAUCAUUCUAAAUAUAUUACUAUCAUUCAUUGAGGCCAGUUAAGUACUGCUUGCAGUCCCUGCUCACCUCCUUGGUUUUUCUUUGCUCCGUUUUUUGACCUCGCCAUGAAUACUCAAAGAAAACUUUCUCUUACUUUUGUUCGACAGUGCUUUUAGUGAAUUUGGGAUACUAGGAAGUGCAGGGUCGGACUGGAUGAAUGGGGGCCUACGGAGUUCCAAACCUCCAGGGCCCCCGCCACGCACGUGAUACUUAUAAAAAAUAUACAAAUUAUAGCCACUUUGCUGUAUCUAUAAAGGGAAGCGUUAUAACUGUGUCCAACAUACAACUAAUACAAAUGGCAUAAAAUAUAAUCUGAAUAAACAUUGCAAACUUCGUACUAUAACUAAGGGAACAAAGGGUAACGUGUUAGUCCCCCUCAAAUAUGGCAUUCUUUUUUGCAAAAGCAAAGCACACCUUUAACACAAGCUUAAUUUACUGAGCCUACUGAGAGGUACAUUUUCCCUUACACAGCCCCACAUAUAUUGUCCCCUUAAAUAUCCGUCUAUUCCAGUUAAAGAGCUUGUAACACCUAUUCCUCUUUCUGAGUGUAGCUUUUUGUUGUUGUUUCAAGCCAGUACAGGUUUUGCCAUAAUUCUUUUGACAUACAGAAUAACAAUAAACAUUAUUAUAAUUAUGUUGCAUUUUAAAUCUCAUAUUACUCUUGGAUGGGAAAUUCAAUUUAAACCUUUGAUAUUUGUAGGGGUGAUGGGAACAUGGAUGAAAUGAGAAUGGGUGAAAGAUAGAGUAAGGUGAGAGGAGAAGGAAGGAUAGCAUUGAGGGAAAAAUGCAGCUCAUUAUUUCCCAGACACAUAUAUAUUUCUGUUUAUAUAAACACACACACACAUAGAUACACACAGGAAUUAGAGACAUGUCACUUUGCCUGCUUUUUUAAAGUGAUACCCCUGGUUUAAAACAGACAGAGGUAGAAAGCUGCUGCCAUAAAGCAAUGUUAUGUUGAAAAUGUACAAAUGAAUAUCUAUAUUGAAUGGAUAAGAAUGAUUACCAGAUCCUUUUUUGGAAGAUAUCCAAAGCACAAUUAGCUCAGUUGCAGUUUUGGCAUUUCAAAACCCGAUUAAUUAAUGAUUUUUCAGCAUAACAGCUCAUUAGAACUAACUUAUUUGGAAUGUCUACAUGGGCAUAGCCAAAAAACAAAAAAGUUUUGUAAUCAUCUGUUUUUUUUUUGUUAAUAAUGUCUCACGUGCCUUUAUGUUAUGCAUCUUUGUCAUAUGUCCUACGGGGUACGAACAAUGUUUAUUUUGCUUCCCUUUUCCUUUUCAGAUGAAGCAGGUACCAUUAAUUGAUUUUACUGAUACGUUAUCACACUUACCUUGGUAUAAUGUAUUUGCCUUAAUGAAAUGCUUGAGAGCUUGAAAUUUCUUAGUUUUAACUUAAUUUAUUUAAUAAAAUUUUGUGCACAUAA